AUGAUACCACGAAGGUGGAUCUUAGGAGUUCCUGUCUGCAUAACAAUUUUCUUCCUCCAGGGUUCAAAGGCAGUGGCGGUGUCUCCACCAGAUGCCCCCAUGGGCUCAGGUCUGUGGCUGUGCCAGCCCGCCCCUCGGUGUGGGGACCAGGUCUACGACCCCUUGCAGCACUGCUGUAGCGAUGACACCAUCCUGCCCCUGAACCGGACUCGCCAAUGUGGCCCCAACUGCACCUUCUGGCCCUGCCUGGAGCUCUGCUGUCCUGAGUCCUUUGGCCCCAAGAGGUUUGUUGUGAAGUUGAAGGUCCUGGGUACCCAGUCCCAGUGCCCUUCGUCGCCCAUCUCCAGGAUCUGCCCCAGGUAA